ACACAAACAUAUGAAAUCUUUGAAGGCUGUCCCCUCUUCCUCCGCUGUGCACUUCGAAGCUGUCACAAGCUGUGGCACUCGCUCGACCAACACCCUGUGCCUUCCCUUCCUGCUCGCUUCGUCUCUGCUCGAUAGAAGGAUGAGGAAAUCGAGAUCAAACGGCAUGGUCGGUGGGAGGGAGAGCCAGAGCUGCCGGAUGACAGAGUGGGAGCUCCGCCCCGGAGGGAUGGUGGUACAGAAGCGGAGCAACGUGGCUGGCAUGCCGACCGAGCCCCUCAUCAAGAUCAAGGUCUCCCAUGGCUCCUACCAGCAUCAGCUCUCCGUCCCUGCCCACUCCACCUUCGGGGAAUUGAAAAGGGUUCUGGCACAAGACACCGGUCUGCAGCCUGGAGAGCAGAGGCUGUUGUUCAGGGGAAAGGAAAAGGACGACGGUGAGCGCCUGCACAUGGCUGGGAUCGUGGAAAUGUCCAAGCUGGUCCUGUUGGAGGACCCGGCAAGCAAGGAGAGGAAGCUCGAGCGUAUGAAUCGGCAUCAGGCGUCUGAGACGAUCGCGGCUAUCGGAGCUGCGGUGGACAAGCUCGCUGCAAAGGUAUCGAGAUCGGAGACUUGCGUGCACGCAAGCAUGAAGGCUGCGGACGAAGAGUUGGCGGAUUUGACUGAGCUGCUUAUGGUGCAACUGCUGAAAUCAGACAGCGUCGAGGCAGAGGGGGAAGCGAGAACGCGGAGGAGAUUCGAGGUUCGCCGUAUUCUUUCUCAUUGGACUUGCUGAAGGCAAGAAGAAAUCUCAGUUACAACUCAACGGCAGACGUUUGAAUCUGGUUUGGUAAGCCCCGAGCGCUCAGUUACAACUCGUCCAAGUCUCCCAGGGAGGGGAUUGGAUUACCAACAACUGGGAACUCUUCGACUAGCUUACGCUAACCCUAAAUAAUCCAUCUCUCUCUCUUGUUUUUAUGCUUGUUUGCUUUCCAGCAGUUGAUCCUCCGACGUUACACUGAAUUCAGAUAUUAAUUUCUUGUACCUAUGGAUGACUUCGUGCCCAUCUUCUCUUCACAGACCCAAAUCAUAGUGUUUUUGCAUGCAGGAUGAGUCUUGGCUCUGGAACUCUUAGUCAUCUUCCCCAGAAACUGUUGACCCCUUGCCUAUCUUUUGACCCACUAGAUAGGUGAAGAUAUGGAAGGCUGUCGACGUAGGAUUUGGUAGAAGAUAUGAUUAGAAGAAAUCUUUCUUUUCUAACUCAUUCUAAAUAUCUCACACGUGUCCACAUAACACAACCUUUAUUUACAAGCCUAAAGCGACCACCAACCUAACUAAAACGGGACUAUUAAGCUUUCGGUCAUCCCUCUACAUGCUGUAUAAAGCAUGAACAUACCAAAAGACACGGACAUACAUAAGCAUUACACCAAACAUCUUGUUUCGAAGUUUGUCUGUGACAUUCUCCCCCACUUAUUCCUUCGACGUCCUCGUCGAAGUCUUUGUCGACACUACAACUCCUUGCCUUUGCCGAGUCUUCAAUCUUCUGCUCUAGCUGCAAUGCGCCUCUUGGCUCCCAACCGCUUUUUGCUGCUGUUUUUGAGUAGUCGAACCUUUGAUCCGCCAUGCUGCUUCAACUCGCCAAUGACUCUGACUCUAGUAUGGGGUUGGCUGAGUUGUGUUGAUCCAUGUUGGUUCUUGCGGAUUCUACAAAUGAAGGAAAAGACCAUCCUUACUGCGCUAGUCUCUCAAAUGCCUCAUGUUGCUUAAACUGGGUGGAUGCUUGUUGGAGCUUUAACGAGCAUCGUCUCGCAAACUUCUGAAGUUUUGGGUCCUUCCUCUACAAAAUUUGCUCAUGGACUCUUCUUUCACUUAGUUGUCACAUCCAAGUAGGUUCGCAUCACUUCCGCUUUCGAUUGACAUUUCGUUGGGAAAUGAAGCGGACAAUCUACUCUCAGCAACACUGAUCACUAUUGGUGAGGAUUUGACAACUAUUAUCUUCCAUUAUCUUUGAAGGGUCUUUGAACAUAUGUAGAGCUCUCUGCUGGAUAGAUAAGAGAAUUGGGGUACUUGGUUUCGCCCAUUCUCUUAAGAGUUGAGAAGGCAAAGGUUACUUGACUUCGCCCGUCUCCUUGAGGUUGUACUCCAUGCAUCGAGCUGGUUACUGGCCUUCGCCUGCUCUUUGCUCACACUUCUGAAGCACUUGAAGUGUUUGCACUCCUUGCGUUGAGUAAGUUACUGUGAUUCACCUUCUCAAUGCCAUCGAACUUCUAGAAUGUAGGAAGUUUUUACCCCAACUUGGAGUAAUUCUCUCAUAGGUUUGGUCGCCUCUGGGAUUGUACCGUCUUCUCCAUCAACCCUGCCGCCUACUCCAUUGAGUAGCAAAGGUACAACACCGCGUACUGCCUGCUUCGUUCCUUCAUCAUGCACUCUUGCCUGACCCGAAGUCUUUCACUUUCGGCUAUCUUGAUGAGAAGCUCGUUGACACCGGUCUUACGAAGUUCCUUGGCCUCUGCCCUUCAGCCUUGUCUCGGUACUUGGAGUCUGCCUCUACAUGCUCCACCUCCUCGGCCCCUUUCACGACCAAGCACUCUCUCUCCAUGAGAGCAAAGGAUCAAUGACUUUCACAAAAGUCCCGCCUCUGCGGUCCCAUGACGCUACCAUGCCCAUGGCCCUACUAUCUGUCGCCUCGCAUCUGCAUCCCUUUUUGUCACAAUCAGUAGAUAUAUCUAUGUGGCACUCCUCCGAGUCCACCUCCAUUCUAAUUGAUGCUUGAUUUUGGAUAGCUAAGUCCCUUUGGACUGGUCGUCGCUUCCUCGCCCCUUUUGACCCCCUACUUCAACACCUCGAUGUUCUCCAAGCAGAUCCCAUUGGUCGAUGGAAAGACAUACUGCAACUCCCAUGCAUGGCGUUUGCCAUCACGUUGUAGGGUUUGCACCGAUUCUGUUCUCCUUAGCUUCCUUGGUAGCAACGUUUGCUUACUCGACCUUGUCCUCUGACUUGUCUGGCUCCCUUAAGCAAAUAUGGGCUUUGGAGCAGUCCAACUCUCCAAUUGCUUCGAUCAUACCUCUGCAUGAUCAAGUCCCUCCCCUAUGACUCACUAGUACUUGCAUUCGAACUUUUUCCAUUGGUGGAACAUAGCCCCCAUAUGCUGAUGACCAAGGCUUUCAUUCGAUGCAAAAUUCGAUGCACGCAUGGAAGACUCGCCUUUGUAGUACCAUGGCCUUCACUCCUUGAAUCCAUAGCCCUUCUUACCGUCGUGUUGUUCACCGAAGUGGAGCUUCCAGUAGCUCCCGAUCAUACCUCCGUAUGAUCUAGUCCCUCACGGGACUAUGUUGUGUGUAUUACAUUACCACGAACUGUUCCACCAUGAUCCGCUACACCAUGUCGCCUCUUGGUGACAUUUCUAUUACAUUCUGAUUCUUGUGGGAUGAACUCGAAUUGUGAACCCUUCAUGUGUGGCCUCUGCAAAUACAUCGCAGGGUCUCUUCCACCUUCGAUUUUGUUCGCUUCUUUGGCAAUCGACCUUCAUCUACCCACUCUUAGGUCACACCUAGAUGAAGCACCGCUCUAGGACAGUCCGUCACCUAGUAGCUCCCGAAGUCCCCCGACUUCGCUGCAAUUAGUACACCAUUGUCUGGAUCCUGGGCCUCUGCCCCUACCAGCACAAUCUUCGCUGCGCACCGCUUCCUUCAUGGCAACUUGAAUGGCAACACUGUGGCAUAUUCUUCAAGAGUACCCGCAUCUACGUCCUCUUGCCCCGUGCUAAGGCAUUCUGAAUCUAACUUUGCCUUCACAAAUUGAGUCGCCUUAGUUCCUCCAUCAAAUGCUCCUCCGAGAUAAGGUGCAUGUGCCCAGAAGCUCCCUUCGUCUUUGGCACCAUGCAAGAUGAGUUCGCUCCGUCAGAAUGAAUGACCCAUGGAACAACAUGAUCCUGCUCUUACCUCUACAAGAGUUCAUGUUCUUGACCUCUGUCCAAGGAAAGCACUAUGCCUCCGCUCCAUGUUCUAUCUUCUAUACUGGCUCCCUUCAUGCGGCUUGGGUACUUCGCCAAGUUACACCCAAGUUGCUCCGCUUCUCAUUUUUGCAUUGAGUUGAUGGUGGCCCUCGCGCCCACCAUUCCAUGGGUCAGCCCUCCCUUGAGUUCGAUCUCCAUACCGACUCCAAGUGUGCCUUCAUUUGUGUUGCUUUGGGUCGCUCCCCCACUUGAUCUCACAAUGCAUCUACCAAUGUAUUCUCUCGAGCGAGAUCAUGCAACAACUCAUCGCCGCUUGCUCAGUCCAUUGAGCUUCAUGGAGUUGUUGUUUGUUGAGGUACUCCUCCUCAACUUGUGAGGUCCAUCCCAUAUGAUUCUCCCUCUGGAGAGCCGGGACUUAUCCCUCCUGGAUAACUGUCCCGUUGGAGCAACAUCUCUCGUCGUUUCGGAGACCACCAUCCCCUUGGACUACUCCGAUCUGCUGAACAAACUGUGCAUUGUUCUGCCUCCUGCAAACACACUUGCUAGAUUGUGACUCCACGUCAAUACAGCCCCCGCUGCACCACUCAAGGCCUAGCAACAUGCUGAACUCGUUGCACACUUCAGCCUCCUACGGAUGUAUCCUUCACAUGUCGAAGAGAAAGUUUCAAUGCUCCAUGGCGCCGAGUUUUGGUCACCUUGGGAUGGCCGCGAACAUUCCAUCAUCCGCAUACAAGCCCAUGCAUGAGUACCGAAUUCUUUGAGUUAGCAAUUCCCCUCACCUCUGUGAGCUUUGCACAACUCUUUCGGUCGCUGAGCAACUUAUUCCACCUUGGAUGGUCUCAUCCUUUACCAAGCACCUCGCUUGCCUUGAGCACCAUCAAGUAUAGUUGUCAACAUUGAACCAUAGCUCAAACUCAGCCAUCCCAACCUUUGUGCACUCCGUAUUCUUCCAAGCUUGUUUGUUCUCGUGGUGCCUCUCGCGCAAAGGGUUGGCCAUUCCUCUGAAUGCCAAUCUCAGAUGCCCGCUCCUCCGAGCGACUCCUUUUCCCUAUAUCUCUAUGCUCGUUUUCCCCCAAACGGUCGCGAGUGUGCUGACUGCCCUCAACGUAGCCCCGCUAGGUCUCCCACGUUUGCAUGCUAAGUGUUUCUAUGAGUGCUUGUCCCACUCUGAUACCAUCGGUCACGGCCUUAGCUGGUUUUGCCUAAGUCGUGCGGCACCCUUGCAUGUCCGUCCGCAAAGGUCAGCCUCCCCGAAGCCUCCCAUGUCCCUUAGGACCCACAAAAGAGAGAACGGGUUAGAGAAAACAUCUCAUUCGGGAUCCACAAGCAAACAAUUCCGAAAACACUUCAUAGACAAUGCAAAUUACAAACAGACUUUACAAGCUCUGAACAGUUGCACAACAAAGGGUAAAAUAAUCCAUUAUAGAUCAAAAAUCUCUCACACGUGUCCACAUGACACAACUUUUAUUUACAAGCAUAAAGCGGCCACCAAUUUAACUAAAAUGAGACUAUUAAGCCUUCGGUCGUCCCUCUACAUGCUGUACAAAGCAUGAACAUACCAAAAGACACGGACAUACAUAAGCAUUACACCAAACAUCCUGUUUCGAAGUUUGUCCGUGACAAUGUGUCACUAGCUAACCUACUGGUGCCACUUAAGUUUGUUCUAUGGAUGACACCUAAAUCUUUUUCAUGCAUGCUUGUCACCUUGCAACCCUUUCGUUAGCCAAACCUAAGUAAUUAUAUGAGAGAUUAAAGGAAAACUUAAGAGUUGCGCCAACGUGGGUUAAGAGGAGAAAGGAAGAGGAAUUGAAGUAGGAGAAGAAGAAGAAGCUUUGCCUUGGCUUGAGAUUUGCAUCAAUUCCAUACAUUUGGGACUCAAAUUUGUUUAAGGCAAGUGUUCUAACCCUUUCAUACAGAACUCUUGAUCUCUGAUUUCAUCUUAAUCCUAAAAAGUUUGGAAGACUUUGGCUUCAUACAUGAUAUUUCUUUCGAUUGGGAACAAAAUUGUGAAUCUAAAAUUUUUCAAUGAAUUGACCUUUCUAUAUUGUUCUAGCCAUAACUUUCUGCACCGAUUUUGGAUUCAAGCGAAAUCAAAUUCAUCCGAAAAUAUACUCAUAGCUAUUUCUUUUGAUAUCAAGAUUGAUAAAUUUAGAGUCUAUUUUCCUAUCCAAACUAUUAUUUCAACUGAUCUUAUGAAAUCUGUCAAAUAGAG